AUGAUUCCACAUCCAAAAAGUCCAGUUAAUGCUCUAGCACUGUCUCAUGCUUAUGUUUGUUCUUGGAAAACAAGUCGAGGCACGGAUAUGAUCUCAUUUGUUGAUGCAAGAUUCGGGUUUGAAUCUGUAGAGAUACCACGAAUGGAAUGUAUGUCAGUUUCAGCCUCCGGGAGAGAGAUUAUAUUGAGCGGAAAAGAAGGAUUACUAGUUUUGUCGGUCGAUUUCUUCGGAUAUAGAGUGAGAGGUAUCUUUUCGGAAGCUACAUGGGGCCACAGCUUUAUAGUAGCCUUAACGUGCGACGGCAAACUUGAGUUCUUUUCUCACUUGCUAGAGAAAAUUUACAGCAUCAGGAUUAAUGACGCGGAACCAGAGAGCUGUUGGGCUCUCCAUCAGCAGCAGUAUGAACUUUCUUCACCUCGCACCUUACGGCACACGGUGGUUCAGUUCAUUUUGGAUGAAACCAAAAAAUUCCUUGCAGUUGCUAGCGAUACCGGUGCAGUCUCAAUUUGGAGUGUUUCUGACCCUCCAUCGUUGGUUUGUGUUCUUUUGCAUCCGCAAAUGCCAGAAUUACACUGGCAGGGCGACACCUUAACGAUACACAACAGGUGUAACAAUGUAGCUGGGUUAUGGAGUCCAGAGUAUAGCCCCAGAACGGUGGCUUAUACCUUGGAAAAUACACUGGGUGCUGUCGGAACGCCGGAUGGGGUCUUCUUUUGGAACCGAUACAGUACCGAGUUUAUAUGCGUAGAGAGGGUUGUAUCUAUACCGGAGUUUGUGCCAAAGAGUUUGGAAGAAAACAGCGAUUCCUCAGUGGGAGAAGAAGCCAGCUCUUUAUUCCUAAAUGACCCAUUGGGACUAAUGCAUGGCGACGACGAGGAAGAGUGCGACUCGGAGCCCCAGGAUACGUUCAUCGCAAAACGACGCAAAAUGUACUAG